GUUCCUUUUAAUUUAGGAGUCAUGAAUAAAUAUCAGUUGAGCAUCUAUCAUUUGAAUAGAGGCGAUACGGAAAGAGUCACACGAGAUUCUAUCUUAAGCGAGGGUGCAGAACUGUUUACACCGUCGUCUCUAUGUACAAGUGAAAGCGCAAGUAGCAACAGUGGCAGUUACGAAUCUAUUCCACAGGUUUUGAUAUCUUUCGACAGAUCAAUUAAGAAUUGGUUAUCUUCCUGCGAUACUAAAGAGAAACCACCGCACUCGUACAUCGCUAUGAUUUCAAUGGCAAUACUGAGCAAACCGAACAAGAAAAUGUUGAUCAACGAUAUAUAUCAGUUUAUCAUGGAUACUUUCCCCUUCUACAAUAAUAAUGAAAAGGCAUGGAGAAACAGCAUACGGCAUAAUCUUUCCCUUAACGAGUGCUUCGUAAAAAUUGGCAGAUCCGAUACAUGCAAAGGCAACUAUUGGUCUAUUCAUCAAGACUGUAUAGAGGAAUUUGCAAAAGGAGAUUACAGGCGUCGGAAUCCAAGACGAAGAGCACUAAAAAGUUCUGUAAAAACUGCCGAUUGUUCAUCCAAUAAAUUCUGCAACCGAAACAAUUAUGAAUAUGUACCUAUGACAUUGUCGCAAACUGGAUUCUACCCAUACUACGUAAAAGGAUCCUUUAUGCAUAGAAACCCUCAAAAUCAACAUUAUAAUCAAACAAAAAUUAUAACUCCUGUAUCUACAUGUGGAAUGAAAAAAACGCAAAGUCCGUCAGUCAUGCAUUCAUUCGGAAGGGAUUCACUAUUUCCCGUUUCUCAAUCUUCGUUAGAAGGGGAUUCAUGCAAUGCACUAUCAUCAUAUUACACGACUUCAUCCAUCAGACCGAGCUCUUAUUCAGCUUUUUAUUCAUCUUGUCAGAUACAAAAAGAUUUUUUUGAUUGGUGAAAAAACUUGUUUCACAUUAUCAAGGGAAGGUUUAACAUUUUUUUCUGCGUUUGAAAAAUUUAAUAUCAUCAAUACAGUGACAAAUGAGUUAAAAGAUAUAUUGAGCAAUUUGUAUCAGUCUGCAGCGUGGACUUAAAUAAUUGUUUAGAGACAACUAGUUAACUUGUAUUUACAAAUAAUGCCAGAAGCCAAAUGUUUUACCUUGUAUAAAAUUACUCUGAUGGAAGUAAAUGUAUGGUAAAGGAUUUUAAAGAGGAACAAUGUCUUUACUGUAAAUAUGUAUAUUUAAAAUAUCACAUUUGAUAUAUCAUUUUGCUG